UCAAAACACACCUCACGCCUCCUCUCUCUCUUUUCUCACCCAUAACAACAACCCUUCCUUUCGCUCGAGUCGCAUCAACCCACUGCUGACCUGUUUACUACGCUCUUUUGAUUCUUCUCGUCCUGCGGGACUUCUUUCUUCUAUACUAACCACAGUUUCGCCAUGGACGAUUCGCUGAUGAGCGACGCCUUCGACGACGGUGACAGCUCUGACUUUGCACCACCCGUCAAGGCUGCAAAAGCCACGAAACCAAAGGCCGCUCCCAAGAAGGCUGCCGGACCAGCAAAACCACGCGGAAGGCCAGCCAAAGACCCCUCACAGCCUGCAAAACCGAAAGCGACCAAGGCUAAAGCAGCGCCCAAGAAGAAGAGAAAGGACGACUUUGACGAUGAAAACUCCGACGUCGACAUGAACGAGGAUCCGUUCGACGGCGAGUCCUUGCUCGCAGACACGCCCCCAAAGGCGAAGAAGGCCCCAGCACCGAAGAAAGCAGGCGGCAAACCCCUGGCAGAUAUUGCGAACGAGAGUUUCGGUCUAGAUGGCAUAGAUGAUGAUGAGCCAGUCCCGGCGCCCAAGAAAGCCGCUGGCGGUUCAAGUGGUAAAUAUCAGAUGUUGACGCAUUUGGAACACAUUAUGAAGCGUCCCGACACAUAUAUCGGAUCGGUCGAACCAACUACCGACAAGAUGUGGGUGUAUAACUCGACCACGGAGGCUAUGGAAUUCCGCGACGUGACUUACGUGCCUGGUCUGUACAAGAUCUUCGAUGAGAUUCUUGUCAAUGCCGCGGAUAAUAAGCAGAACGACAAGAACAUGAGCGAAAUUCGCGUUACGGUAGAUAGAGAAUCAGGCGAAAUCUCUGUCAAGAACGAUGGUAGGGGUAUUCCAAUCGAAAUUCACAAGGAACACAACAUCUACGUGCCGGAGAUGAUCUUUGGUCAUCUACUGACAUCUUCCAACUACGACGAUAAUCAGCAGAAGAUUACGGGUGGUCGAAACGGUUAUGGUGCGAAGCUGUGUAACGUUUUCAGUACUGAGUUCACACUCGAAACUGUGGACUCCCGGCAAAAGAAGAAGUACAAACAGACCUGGACCAACAAUAUGAGCAAGAUGGGAAAGGCCAAAAUCACAGACAUCAAAACGGACGAUUACACCAAGGUGUCUUACAAGGCGGAUUUCAGCAAGUUUGGUAUGUCUGGCAUCGAUGACGAUUUCGACGCCCUGGUUCGACGCAGAACCUAUGAUAUGGCUGGUACAUUGCGGGGUAUCAAGGUCUACCUCAAUGGCGAGCGAAUCAAAAUCAAUUCCUUCGCAAAGUACAUGGAAAUGUACACAAAAGCCAUCUCGAAAGAACAAGGAAAGACGGAGGAAGGGGAAGAAAAGGACAAACCAGUCAUCAUUACCGACUCGUUGGAUCGAUGGGAAAUUGGUUUCGCAGUCUCAGACGGCGCGUUCAACCAGGUUUCGUUCGUGAACUCGAUUGCGACCUCCUCCGGUGGUACACACGUAAACUACAUCGCAGACCAGAUUAUCGACAAACUUCUCGCCCAUGUUAACAAGAAGAACAAAGGCGGAGUUAAGUUGAAGCCCGCCCAGAUCAAGAACCACAUCUUCUUGUUUGUGAACUGCCAGAUCGUCAACCCGGCAUUCACAUCGCAGACCAAGGAACAAUUGACAACAAAAUCGUCACAAUUCGGAAGCAAACCUGUCCUGACCGAGAGGUUCUUAAAGAAAGUCGAAGCGACCGAAGUUGUUCAAAACAUCAUGCAUUUUGCGCAGCAGAAGGCUGAUCAAUUGUUGAAGAAGACAGAUGGAAACAAGCGUAGUCGCAUGAGCAAUUCCAAGCUCACCGAUGCAAAUAGAGCUGGCACAAAGGACGGCCACAUGUGCACACUGAUCCUCACUGAAGGAGAUUCUGCUGCUCUGUUAGCACUUGCUGGCCGUGCCGUUGUCAAUCCUGAUCUGUUUGGUGUUUUCCCUCUCCGCGGUAAAGUUCUCAAUGUUCGAGACGCUUCUAUCGAUCAAAUCUCGAAAAAUCAGGAGAUUCAAAACAUCAAGAAGUUCAUCGGUCUUCAGCAUAAGAAAGAGUACACAGACACAAAAGGCUUGCGUUAUGGCCACAUCAUGAUCAUGACCGAUCAAGAUCACGACGGUAGCCAUAUCAAAGGUUUACUCAUCAAUUUCUUGCAGUGCCAAUUCCCAAGCCUGUUGAAGCUUCCCAAAUUCCUACUGGAAUUCAUCACUCCCAUUGUCCGAGUCUGGAAAGGUGAUCCAAAAGACCCGAAACAGAUGAAGAACUUCUUCUCCAUGCCUGAAUGGGAAGAGUGGAAACUUCAACACAAUCUGUCGCAAUGGGAAUACAAGUACUACAAGGGAUUGGGUACUAGUAAUGUCAGCGAUGCCGAAGUUUACUUCAGGGACCUGGAUACGCAUCUGAAGCAUUUCCACACCAUGCAAGCGCACGAAGAAAAGAUGAUCGAGCUCGCUUUCUCGAAGAAAAAGGCCGAUGCGCGAAAAGAAUGGCUACGUGACUUCGUCCCGGGAAAUCAUCUAGAUCUGACGAACGAAGGCAUUACUUACGACGAUUUUGUCAACAAGGAGCUCAUCUUGUUCAGUAUGGCAGAUAACAUGCGUUCUAUUCCAUCAAUCAUUGAUGGAUUCAAACCGGGACAGCGAAAGGUGCUUUAUACCUGUUUCAAAAGGAAUCUCAAGAAGGAUAUCAAGGUCGUGGAUCUUGCUGGUUCCGUAUCCGGAACGACAGACUACGCAUAUGGUGAGGCGUCUAUGCAAGGCACCAUCGUUGGCCUGGCCCAGAAUUUUGUCGGCUCCAACAACAUCAAUUGCCUGGAGCCUAGUGGCAAUUUUGGUUCACGUCUACAGGGUGGUCAAGACGCCGCCAGCGCCAGGUACAUCUACACUAGGUUGUCGCCUUUUGCACGGAGAAUUUUUCAUCCCAAGGAUGACGCCAUCUUGAAAUACGGAGAAUCAGAUGCAAAGAAGGUUGAGCCUGAGACUUACGUACCGAUUCUACCAAUGGUCCUUGUCAAUGGUGCUGACGGUAUCGGAACUGGAUGGAGCACAUCCAUUCCUAACUACAACCCACUUGACAUUGUUGAGAAUCUGAAGAUUCGCAUGCAAGAAGGAAGUUCGAAAGAUGAUAUGAAAUCCAUGAUCCCUUGGUUCAAAGGUUUCACUGGAACCACGGAAGACAUGGGUGGAGAUCGAUUCAAAUUCACUGGAACUAUUCGCCAAACCAGCGACAAUGAAAUCGAGGUCACUGAGUUGCCUGUGCGAUACUGGACCCAGGAUUUCAAGGAGAAGCUGGAAGAAAUCAUUAAGGCUGAGAAGGCUCCAUCUUUCAUCAAGGACUACACGGAGUACAAUACUCCGGAUAAGGUUCAUUUCAUCAUCAAACUGGACGACAAGCACAUGGCAAGUGCUCUUGCGAAAGGACUCGAGGAAGCUUUCAAGCUUGCGAAAACAAUGGCAACCUCGAACUUGGUGGCCUUUGAUUCUCAAGGUCGCAUUCAUAAGUAUCAGACCCCACUUGACAUCAUGGAGGAGUUCUAUCACAUCCGUCUUAAGUACUAUGAGAAGCGAAAGUCUCAUCAACUCAGCGAAUUACAAAAGGAUCUAGACAAGUUGACCAACCAGGCGCGCUUCAUUCAGAUGAUUAUCGACGGAAAGCUCGUGAUUGCCAAAAAGAAGAAGGCCGUUUUGGUCGCGGAGCUUCAAAAACUUGGUUUCAAGCCUUUCCCCAAGGUUAGCGAUGCGAAGAAGGCUGGCGAAGUUGAGGAUGCGGCAGAAGACGAAUCAGAGGGCGAGGGUGAAGCUGGAGCAAACGAUUAUGACUAUCUCUUGGGUAUGGCUAUCUGGUCAUUGACUCAGGAACGAGUAGAGAAGCUGCAGAAACAGAUUGGCGAUAAAGAGGUCGAGAUCGAUGCUCUCAUCAAGUUGUCACCAAAGGACAUUUGGAUGCAAGAUCUUGAUGCCUUUGUUGAGGAAUGGAACUCCGAGAUCGAUCUAGAGUAUAAGCGGGCAAAGAAGCGGGCCAGCAUGGGUCGCCGUGCCUCUAGGAAGCUCGGGAUCGGAGCAGCCAAAGGUGGCAAGAAGAAGAGGAGAAAGAUGGAUGACAGUGAUCUGAGCGACUCUGACUCUGACUUCGGAGGGCCUGCCAAGAAGAAGGUUGCAAAGCCUAAACCGGGUGGCCUCCUAAGCUAUCUGCAAAAGGAGGAGCCGAAGAAGAAGCCUAGUGCUACAGAGGCUCUCAAGAACAUGGGCGGUGCUGCACCGAAGACGAAUGGUCUUCUUAGUUAUUUGACUAAGAAGGAGCCUACCCCAUCGGUAGAUGUCAUGGAGAUUGAUGAGCCUGAGCCUGUCGCAGCUGCCCCAGCACCAGCACCCGAAAAGAAGAGGGGACGCCCUGCCGGUGCUAAGAACGUCAAAAAGCCGACACCUGCUCCCAUCGACUCCGAUGAGGACUCUGACGUCUUCGCUGCCGUAGCAAAGGAGGUGGAGAAGAAGCCAGCGGAACCUGUCAAAUCAUCUCGAACCGCCCGCGUUGCCACCAAGCAGGCCCCGAAGUACACACUUGAUGAUGAUAGCGACAGCGAUGACCUGGGUAACAAUAUUGAUGUCAGCAGCAUGGUGAAGACCAUCGGGGGUGGGGGCAACGAUCGGCCGCUGUUUUCGACUACAGCGCGCCCCGGUAGUGCCGCUGGGCCUUCAAAACUACCGAAUCGUGCAGCAAAGUCAAGCCCCAUCGAGCUUGACGAUGAUGAGACAAACUAUGAGGGUUUGAUGCCACAGGCGUCCCCGAAAAAGCCAGCACCCCGCAACGUCAACGACACAAUGAUGCUCUCCGAUGACGAGGAUGAGUUCGGGUUUAAUGUCAAGAAGCCUUCCGCUAAACCAGCACCCAAAGCGACUCUGAAAGCUUCAAAGACGGCCACCAAGCCCAAGCCUGCUGCCGCUGUGGUAGCUAAGAAGAGCACACAACUGAGCCCAGCGGCAAAGGCUUACGCUUUGAUGAAUGCAAAGUCAUCUACCAAGCCCAUCGCAAAGCCCAAAAAGCCCGUGUCACUUGAUUCCGAUGAGGACAUGGAGGAUGCCGAUGAUCUUGCAAACGAAAUCCUCUCUGAUGACGAGGAGGAUGAGUCCAUCGUCAAGCCCGCUCCUGCUCGCCCAGGCCGCAGGGCUGCUGCGAAGCCUGCGAAGUAUGUCGUGAGUGACGAUGACGACAGUGACGAGGCUUCCGAGGCCGACUUCGAUGAUGAUGACAGCGAUUAAGCAGUCUCUUUCGGUGGCGUUGUUUUAUUCUGGGGUUAGAUAUCCAGGGGUGGGCGUUCGGCACUGAGGGCAGAUUGACGAAUGUGGGUGGGAAACUCACAUUUCACGGCAGUUUUCUUUCAUUGGUCCUUAUUACUGGACCUGUUAUGGGUCUUCGUCAGUUUCGUUGAUUUUUAGGCGUUCUUAACCUGCAACGAUAGGCCAACAUACUUUCAAUGAGACAUGAUAAGUUUGUCC